ACGCAGAUGUAAAUACCGCUCGGUAUUUCUGGAGUUUGACAGCAACAAACACAAUUUAUUUCUCUGUGUGCUGUUUAUACUUUCGUUAGCGUUCGUUUCCGAUUAGUURAAAUCAACAGGAAUCACCAUUUUCCCGCUAAACAACACAGCAUCAGCUGUUCAUUGACCACCCUAGAGCUCAAUAUUCUUUUCUAUUCUAGUGUUAUUGAUGAACCCACUAAACCAUAAGGGAUCACCUGUCAUUUACAACCACGCAUGCGUGUCCUAUAAAUCUUUCUAGUUAGUGAUAUUCAAUGAAUCGAAGUCGACGCCUGCGAGAUUUAAACCAAGUCAACAGGUCACGAAUAUUACUCAUUCAAAACGGUCAUCGAACGAACUGUCCAGAGAGCCAGUUGUGUCAACAAGCGUGAGGAUGGGCUAUAACGUACAACGAUUUAUUGACGAUGUAGAUGACAAUCUUAUAUGUGGUAUUUGCGCUGGUGUUUUAGAGAAAGCUGUUGUAACUCCCUGUGGACAUUCGUWYUGUGAAGAAUGCCUAGAAACAUGGCUACAGCGAAGGAUUUCUAGUGAAGGUUCAACAUCGUGUCCGGCGUGUCGAACCGAWCUUUACAUGAGCGAUCUUAUCCCAGUCCUAGCUUUAAGAGGAGUCAUAGAUGGACUAAUCGUUACUUGUCCUAAUUCUGAAAGUGGUUGUAAAAUGGUCAUCMGAUUGGACAAUAUCRUUUCUCAUUUAAAGGUCUGUAGGUAYGAGCAUGUCCAAUGCUUUGCGUGUAAAAAAGACAUCCAAAGAUCGCAACUGGCUGAGCAUCACGCAACCUGCUCAAUGACGAAAAGACUUUCGUGUACAAGUUUUAUUUCCGAGCAAAUCAACCAGAACGCUACAGUAGAAGAACUAACGAAACAGCUUGCGGUUGUGGAAACUGACUUGCGCAAAACUAAAGACGCAUUGAAUUUAUCUCAAGGAAAUGUCAAGAAACUCGAGAGAGAUCUCCGGGAAAUGAGACAUCAAAUGGAACUUCAUUCAGUAGAGGAAGACGACGAAUUUGAUUGUGACUUUGAUCCUGAAUAUAACUACGGCUAUUCUCCACAAUCUAUUGUACAACUAUCUAAUCUCAUUGCUCGAUCCUUGCAUGCCAAACCGUAUUACGUUGAUCGUGGCUUUACAUUUUCGGCAAUUAAAAGAUGUUUUGAUUUUUAUCAUAAUUUUCCCGGAUAYUCGCAGGAUGUUCACAUGAUGUUAGCYACUGCYUAUGCGAGUAGUUGGUUUACGGAAACUCAACGACAAACGUUUGAAAUUUGGCUAGAAAAUAUAUCAAGAGAAAGGUAUAUUCGAUAGMARCGAGACGCUAAUUAAUGCGUUUCAAAAAGAAGGGAUUAUUCUCGCAGUAAACGAAUUUAUGAAAUGAAAGAUUUAAUUAUUUCAACAAAUAUAGCGACUUAAGUUAAAUUAAACGCAUCAAGCUUUUUGUAUGUCAUUAAACAUUGAAUGUUAUUUUCACGUGUGUGCAACAAGUGUUUUUUGGUCUGUUGUCGAAGUCUCAACUGGAUAUCGCUCUUGUUUUGCUUGAAUAAAUUGCCAUUCAUAGCAACAGCUUUGGGGCCAAAGCAAUGCGAAUCUGAGUUCCUUUUAARACAACAAAAAAUCCCAACCUUUUAACACUUUUUGUGAAAAGCAAUACACGUWGAAAUGUUUGUGGCAGCUUGUAUCAACAGGUUUUAAUUUGCCGUGAAUGGCGAUCACUGCUGUAACUAUAUCGCUUAGAUUUAAUCAAUGGUCGCUGGCGUCAGAAUAAAUCUAGUGCAUUUGUUGUGGAAGCGGUUUGGUCUGUUCGUUAAUUAUCGACGCUAACUGAUCAUAUCAUCGUUUUUCAAAGGAAUUGUAAAGCUGUUUUGUAUAUCAUUAAAAAUCAUUAUUUCGA